UGCUUCUUGCCGCAUUUGCCUUCCCCACCUGCGACGGCUGUUGGCUACCUUCCAGCGCCUUCUUCCGCGAUUGCUUCUUUCCACCACCGACCUCCCCCUCUGCGCACACAGACGCCACCUUCAUCUCCACUCACCCCGAAGCAUCCGCUGUUCCCUUUUGCAGAGCCCGAAUCAACUGCACACACACGCACGGCUACUCGCCCAAAGGGAAAAAAAAAAUCUACCAACCUCUGUCUGCUGGCUGCUACACCAAUCCGACCUGAGCCGGCGCAGAGAUAGGAAAAAAGCAUACUCAUUCCGUUGUACAUGAGGGAAGCUCGUCACCCGAGCGUCCGGUGGAGCCAUGAAGAUUAAGAAGCAGGCUACCACGAGACAUGAGUCCACUCUGUCUCCCAUGAUAGCAGAAUUCGUCAAGGCGACAGAGUCAAUACCGCUGUAUCAGCUCCCCGCCCACCUCUCCGCCUUCCCCAAGCUAUGGGCCUUCCCCCGCGGCGAUACAUACCACUGGAUUCCUGUGCUGAAUCGCUUUGACCGCAUAUUGGAAUUGUUCACUCAAGAAUAUGGAUUAGUCGAAGGUCCGCAGUCGCAGCCAUUCGAGCGUCGUCUGCUGCUCAAAGGCGACGCCGAGGAAGGCAGCGCGGCUGAACCCGCCACCAACGAAAUCCUGGACAAGCUACAUGUUUCCGAGGAUGGUGACCGGCAUCUAAUCGAGCAGAUUCUCAACUUCACACGUCUGUUGCUGGAGAAUUGUGGCAAUCGGAGCCUGUACUCAAGUAGCGGACAUUUGGAUAAGCUACUCAAUACCACAUCCAUCUCUCUGUUGAAGACCACUCUCCGCCUGACCCUGCGCCUGUCCCAACGUUAUCACGCCGCUCGCAUGCGUCUUGCUCCUGCAUCCCUGCACCCGACACUACUCGCGAGCCACUACAACAUCAAUCUUGACAAGGUCCAGAAAUUGGCCGGUCCUUUCCCUAAAGGCCCGUCCGCGCCCGUGCCGCUGUUCGCCACGCCCGCAGGCAAAGGAAAAGAUAAGGCCCAAGGCGAACGAUCGGAUCGAUUCAGUGCUGCAGACAUGGUGGGUUUGUUGGCCCUGCCCGAAUCGACUGUGAAGCAGGAGCUUGGUGGCGUUUCUCUGUCAUACUACGAGCCUACCUCGACCACUACAGACGACGAAAAGUCCGCGUCUGCCGAUGGACCCUCAAUGGCAACUCCUAGUACUCCCACACCAGCUCGUCGUACAUCGAAUCUAGGUCCUAACCAAACCCCGCGGCAAACGCAGCCUCCCGCAUCCCUUGACUCUCCUGCAACGCCCACUCUUGCAUCCGGUGACGCCGGAGGAAGUCGUCCCAAUGGACCCAAGUCGUUUGAGCUGUCUGCAGAUGCCUUGAGCAAUUCUGGCAUCUAUGAACUCGUAAAGCGUGGUGUUACCGAGCUUCCUCAGACUGCGCACUACGAUCUUCUCCACAAGCUUCGGACCGCUUAUACAGUCACUGCUGGAAAUGCAGGCCGCCAAGAAGUCAUCUCUAUUCGCUUGCUUGCCAUCGCAAACAUGGCAUACGUUUAUGGCGAAAAGGAUUUUCACACACGCAUGGGCCAGCAAGAUGGUGACGAGCCACGCCGUUUGCAAUGGGCCUAUCAGCUUGCUGAGCUUGUCCAACCCCCAAGUAGUGGUCAAGAACCAAUCUCAACACAGGUGCAAACGUACGCCAUCAAUGCGCUUGAAGCUCUGGCCAAGCAUAAGACUAAAGCAGGCGACAUAUGUACUUCCUUGAGUGUCAACGUCAAUCAUGGUGUUCUGUUCUGGAUUGUUCGACAGAUGGUCACAGGGCUUGGCAAGGAAGACGAGUCUGAAGUGAAUAUCGAAGAGGAUGAAUGGCGUGAAGCCCUGUUCUCGCUUGUCAACACCCUCCCGACUUCACAACAGCGAACUGGAGACGGCAUGGUAUCCGCCGGUCUUCUCGAAAUUCUUGUGGAAGUGCUGACGCUUCGGACGACCAAGGCUGAGCGCAACUAUCCGAAGAUCCUCAAUUUCCUGGACACGUUCGUUCACAAUCUUCGGGAGGCAUUUCAGUCAUUGGUCGAUGCUAAAGGUCUUGACAUUCUCGCUGAUCUGGUACUUCACGAGGUCACCGCAUCACAUCAGAUGUCGGCUGAGGGUUUAGGCAUGCCAGAACAGUACAAAACCCAGCUUACCGAUUACCAAAUCCCGUUCUACAAGCAGCAGACCCUCCGAUGGCUUUUUAGGUUCGUGAACCAUAUGAUGUCGCAUACGGGCGGGGGCAAUUUUGAACGGCAGAUGCGGAAUCUCAUCGAUUCGACUCCCUUGCAGCAAGGACUUGAGAUUGUUCUGUCCAAUGCGAGCACUUUCGGCUCGACUGUGUGGAGCAUGGCAGUUAGUAUGCUCACCACUUUCAUCCAUAAUGAGCCGACGAGCUACUCGGUGAUCAAUGAUGCCGGCCUCAGCACUGCACUGCUGGAGACCGUCUCAGGGGAGAAGAUAUCUAACCCCGUUGCGCCAUCGACAAACGAGAACAAUGCCUCAGCUGCCGAUAGCUCAUCAGCACCGCAGCCGCCCCGUGUCUAUCCAGCCCGCGACCCAGCCCGUCCACUGUCUUCCGGUAUUCUUCCCGUGGCGGAAGCCAUCGCAACGAUUCCGCCCGCAUUCGGAGCCAUCUGUCUUGCGGAGGCAGGAAUGAAAUUAUUCCAAUCGUCGUCAGCGCUCAAACGUUUCUUCGAGAUCUUUGAGAGCCCAAUUCAUAUCAAGGCGCUUGAUCAGGAUCCGGAGAUUGCGAACCUGAUUGGUAGUUCUUUCGAUGAGUUGGUUAGACAUCAUCCUCCGCUAAAGAACGUCGUACUUUCGUCUCUCAGCGAAAUGGUAGCACGUGUUGUGCGUAUAUGCUUCGACAAGGCAGCGAAGGAGGGCGCCGGUGCGAAGCUCUUCUAUGAGAAGGAUGGCAAGAUCUAUGUUUGUGGCGGCCGUCCUGCUCUAGCUGGUCCAGAGGGGUUUGUGCACAAAGAACUGUUCCAUCGUGCCAACGCCGAGGGUGACGUCGAUAUGGAAGACGCCGCAGAAAGCGCUCCUGUUGAACCGGCGACCUUGGAGGAUGUGAUUGAGGUCGAAGACAGUGCCAAAGGUCCCACCACAAGUCAGUACGUCAGCGUUGUGUGUCGGUUCCUUGGCGGCUUCUUCACCAACCACACCAUGUGCUCUGCGUACAUCGAGGCCGAUGGCGUAGAGUCUAUCCUUGAUCUUGCUACUUUGCCUUGCCUUGACCCUCGUUUCAACGAGUCUCGUGCAACCAACGAAGAGUUCGCCCGCGUCGUCCAGGUUCUAGUUGAACAGAAGCCCCAUAUUGCAGUUCCUGCUCUGUUGAAGCGUACUCAGCAGGCACUUGAUCGCUUGGAACCUAUGUUACGCCAUCAAUAUCAUGGCGACGCCGCAUUUUUUGCACCUUUCACGUCUUCCGCAGCCUCUCAGUCAUCAGGUGUACAUGAGCAUGGGACAGAAUAUGUCAAGUCGCUGCUUGUGGUACAUACUCUCAUAAGUGCAUUGACGCAAACCUUCCAGACUCAAAUGUUCAAUUCGCGCUCUACGCACAAUGUCGCCAGCCAGGUGAACCUUGCCGAUGUUUAUGCAAAGAUCGUGGACAGCCUGGGCAGGCUGCAUCGCAGCUGCGUUUGGGAAGAAAUUCUUCUGCAGAAGACCAUGCCGACUGAGUGGGAGAAGGAAACUCGGGUUAAGAGCUCUGGUUUUGGUGCAAUUGAAGCUGACAGUGUCUUUCAUCUUGGGGACAGGCCAUCCGCCUUCUCGUCCGGUCCACCUGAUGCCUCGGAAAAUACAACAGCGACUGGUGAUGCUCCAGCUCCUUCGGCUGGAGAGACAAACAGUGCCCAGUUCAAAAACACUCAGAUUCUACGUUAUCUACUGAGCAAGAUUCCUACUGGCAUCGCACCAUUCUGUCAAUCACUUGGCAGGCUCAUCCUGUUGCGCCGUAACAUUGAUUCCUACCACAAACAGUGCGCCAUCAUUGUUGGUGAUCAGCUGGCCCAAGCAGCCAUCGAUCAACUACGUUUCGAGGCUCCAAAGGCCGCAAAAUUCGCCGAGGAUCGAUAUGCUUAUUGGAUCGUAAUCCUCACCUCUCUAUCGCAGCUGAUGAUUGAUAGCAACAUGGACCGUGCUAGCCCACAUACCCUAACGUUGGUGUUGGUGGCCUUCAAGAACCUAGGUGGCAUGGCAUUUAUGGCUGACAUCCUGAACACUUUUACUCAAUCAGCCAAAGAUGUCAUCCGUGAGCAGGGCGAGGAACCUUCGGAAGCCUCUCAGCGCCUUCUCAAUUUGUCUCUCGGUGGCAUUAAGAUUGUACUGGCCUUCUACGUUCAAAUCAUCAACUCCAAAGCCAUCAACGAAGCUAGUCAGACUUCGACGCUUCAGUCGCGACCCGAUCGAGACCGUGAGCGACCCGAUUACUUCCUUUCCUCUCAAUUCAUUGUUGAGCUACGAUAUGCCGUCACCAAGCCCGUGCGUGACAUAUGGGAUUCGGAUCUCAUCGACAAAGCGACCACUUCUAUAGUCAAGACUUCCAUCAACAUCCUCAAAACUAUAUUGGAUGGCGAGGGUGAGCAAGGAGCAGCCAAAAGCAUCGACAAGAUUCCAAAGCGCAACAAACCAAUCAUUCGACCUUGGACGCCUCGUAGUAACGAACACGUCAACCGUUUGAGAGAUGCAUCGUUCGACGAAAGCUUGGCUGAAGAAGCCCUCUUUAGGUGUUGCGACAAUCUAAAUGCCGCUCGCGAAUACUGCCAGAAUCAAGUUCGAGAUAUUCGUGCGUCUAGAAACCCUAUCCCGCAAUAUGAGAUCAAUGCGCGCGGCCCGCCAUCAAGCUCGGCAAGCCGCGCCGAAGUGAUCGUGCCUGAACACGCGGAUAGCACUAGUGUAUCAAGUGGCGAUGUUUUUGAUCGAGAGAAUUCGGAUAUCCCAGACUCGCGAUCUGUGGUCAUGGCAGACGCCACUCCCGCGGAAGAGAACGAGGAACCGGUAGCGAAUCCACCCGUCUCUGAUGCUCAGUCAGCAACAGAGGUGCAGGCCCCAUCCCAGGAAGGCCUGGCGUAUCAAAAGAGGACAGCUACUGGAAACAUCGCGGCGCCUGUUGCCAUCGAUGAUCUGGACCGACAACGCUCUGCCAUACGCGAGAAUCUAGUGGAUCGGUCCCUCGACAUCUUGAACUCCCAUGACGAUGUCACUUUUGAGCUUGCGGAUCUUAUCUCUGCAGCUGUCGCGAAGGCCACCGAGCCAGUCUCCAUGCGCACCGACAUUGGAUCUACUCUGGUGCAAUCCCUUAUCUCCUUCCAGAUGAACGACGAUUUCCGGGCACACGGAAAGAAGAUCGCUGCAUCUGCUCACCUUCUCGCGCUAGUAAUACAAGAUAAGGAGUUCUACCAGGCAGUAGUCGAGGAGCUCAAAGAGAAUUUCGGCACGCUUCUUGGCUUCAUUAAGAUUUUUCCUGAUCAGCCAGCCGAAGAGUCUUCUCCAUGGAUUGGACAAGUACUAGUUAUCGUGGAGCGGUUGCUUUCAGAAGAUCAACUCCCUCGGCAAAUUCAAUGGACUCCACCGACGAGCGAUUCGCAUGAGGACACAUCAGUUGAAGAUAUUCCCGAGCCCACUGUUCCUUUGAACGAGAAGAAUCUGCUUUUCGAUGCCCUGGUGGAUAUUCUACCACGCAUUGGCAAAGAGGAAUCAAUGGCGCUGUCGGUCAUGCGGGUUUUUGUCAUGCUGACACGCACUCGCAAGAUUGCGUUGCGCCUCGCAGAGAAACGCAAUAUCCAGCGGCUUUUCCUCAUGGUCAAACAACUUGCUGGCAUCACCAACGAUAGUCUGCGGAGUGCUUUCAUGAUCGUCCUACGCCACAUCGUCGAGGAUGAAGGGAUGAUUCGGCAAAUCAUGCGCAGCGAAAUCCAAAGCAUGUUCGAGUCGCGUGAUCGCAGGCAAACUGAUACCACAGGCUAUACUCGACAAAUGUACUACCUAGCUAUCCGCGCACCGGAAAUUUUUGUUGAAGUCACGAACGAGAUACUCCAGCUCUCACGCUUUGACCCGAAUCAACGCCCGCAGACGCUGGCAUUGAAGAAGGAGGAUGCGCCUGCUACAGAAGCCAAUGCGGCGUCGUCUACGGAGGUUCCCGAGAGUGAUCGACCAAAAGAGACAAGCGAGCCCAUGAAACAACCUGUCCUGGAGCGAACAAAGACUUCUGAUCUGAAGGUACCUGUCGUGGAGAGCUCUGACGGUGUCAUACACUAUCUGCUAUGUGAGCUACUCGCUUACAAAGAGAUUGAUGACAAACCGGAGCCGCCCAAAUCCUCGGAAAAGACUGAUGAGCAGCAAAUCGACCAGCCCACAUCUGGGGAUGAGGCUUCCGCAGCAUCUAGUACAGCUACACUUUCCGAGCCUCCCAAGUCAGAAAAGACGGAGUUCAAGGCCGAUGCAAAUCCAAUCUACAUCUAUCGGUGCUUCAUACUCAAGUGUCUUGCGGAACUUCUUCAGAGCUACAACCGUACUAAGAUUGAAUUCAUCAACUUCUCUCGUAGAGCAGACCCGCACGUCACAACCCCAUCGAAGCCUCGAUCCGGUGUACUCAAUUACCUUCUCAACUCUCUCGUGCCAGUUGGCAGUCUCAACCAUGAGGGUGAUCUGGCUUUCAAGAAAAAGCUUGCAACCUCGGGAUGCGCAAUCGAUGUUGUAGUAUCUCUUUGUGCAAAAACUGGAGAGCAAGGAUCAUCCAAGCAAGCUCAAUCCUUCCCGUAUGCAGAGACUGAGACAGAUCUGUUGUUUGUUCGAAAAUUUGUCCUCGAGCAUGCACUGAAGACUUUCAAAGAUGCCAGUGCUUCUGAUGAAGGCCUCGAUAUGAAAUACUCCCGUCUUUUAGGUCUUGCAGAUAUAUUCUCUCGGAUGGUGUCUCAACGUCCAUCCGGAGAAAUGUUGACCCAGAAUUCAGAUCUUACGCCCACGCUUAAACAAAUGGCGAAGAUCAUGUACGAGAAGAAUUUCAUCAGCAUAUUGACAACAGCCAUUGCGGACGUUGACCUCAAUUUCCCCAACGCCAAGAGGGUAGUCAAGUAUAUCCUCAAACCCCUGAAAUGGUUAUGUUAUGUGGCCAUGGACCUUAGCACUCGCUAUGAUACUUCAUCCACACCAGACUCCACCGAUGAAUGGGAAAUCUCUUCCGCCUCCGACGACGAUCUUCUGGAGACUACCCGCGAAGAAACGCCGGAUCUGUUCCGCAACUCGACGUUGGGCAUGUUCGAGCAUGGCAACGAAUCCGAAUCUGAAGGCUCUGAUGAAGAGGGCGAUGAGGAAAUGGAGAUGUAUGAUGAAGCAUAUGCCGAUGAUAUGGAGUUCGACGAGGAGAUCGGUGAUAACGACGAGGUCAUUUCUGAAGAUGAAGAGAUGGAAAUGGAACUCGGCGAAAUGGGCCCUAUCGAAGGUUUACCUGGUGACGUCGACGUCGAAAUAGAAUUGGAUGACGAAAUCGGCGAUGUAGGCACCGACGACGAUUCUAUAGACGAGGACGACGAAGACGAGGAUGAGGAUGAUGAGGACGAUGAAGAUGAUGAUGAUGACGACGACGACCUUGAUGAAGAUGAAGAGAUGGAUGCCCUGGAUGCUUUGGAAGAAAUCACUGGAGAUGACGAGAAUGCCAGUCUAGCAGACGACCGGGAAGACAUCUGGGACGAGGAGGAUGUGUAUUUCCCCACUGCUGGCGGCGGUGAUGGUGGCAUGACUCCAGGUGACCUGUUUGUAAUCGAUCAACCCCCCCAGCAACUGCUUAGCCAGCUUCAGCGGGACUUCAACGACGAUAUCAUGCAAGAGGAAGAAGACGAUGAGGAGGAAGAUGAGGAAGAGGAGUUCGAGGAUGACGAGGGCAUUGUCUAUGAUCCUGGCGUAGAGGAUGAAGACGCGGACAUGGACAUGGGCUGGGGUUGGGACGAAGGCAUGCCUCCUGGCGGUCGCCAUCCACACCGACUGAGCCCCUGGAUGUUCCCAGGAGGCCCAGACAAUCGCAUCUUGGUUCCCGCGUACCGUGCGCAUCGACCUGGAGCUGGCCCUCGCAUGACCGACGAUGGUAUGAAUCCCCUUCUACAACGUUCCGGACGAUCAGGAGGCCGCGGCGAGCAUAUCCCUUCUAUUCACGGUAUGAGCGACUGGGUCCACGCAAUCGAAGCCCGCGGACCACGACUAUUCUCUGAGAAUAGCCCCGUGUCUUUCAUCAGCAAUCUUCUCAAUGCUAUGAGUCAGGGCACCUUGUCUCAACACAACGGUGCUCUGCACUUGUCAUUCAACAACAUGCCCCUAGGCUUGCCGCCACCAAUAGAUCAUUUCGGCCGCAACGCUCGUAUGCGAGACAAUCCUCUUGCCCGCUCCUCUCGAGAAGAUCCCCAGUCAGCUGUAUCUUUCAUGAAAGCCUACACCAACCAGCGUUGGCAAGAAGAGGCUCGCAUACUAUAUGGUAAUGGUGCGAUUGAGAAGAGUCAACGUGUCAUCAACUCCAUUCUCAAAGUCAUGGUUCCGCCAGCGUUGGAAGUAGCCAAAAGGAGACAAGCGGAGAAGGAGGCAGAGGCAGAGGCAGCGCGUAAGCUGAAAGAAGAGAAGGAGAAGAAGGAGCGUGAAGAGCGCGAGGCAAAAGAACAGAAGGAACGCGAGGAACGCGAACGGCAAGAGCGGGAAGCGGCUGAAGCGGCUGCUCAGGCUGCAAGCCAGGCACAAUCUACCAGUGAAGCUGCGGCUGAAACAGGUACCAAUGCGGCCUCUGCGGAAGUGCAAGCAAUGGAAGGGGUUCAGCCAUCAGAAUCUUCAACCAGCGAUCAGGCUGCAACGACAGCGCCAGAGGAACCGAGGCCGCGUCUCACAACCACGCUUCGCGGUCAAGAAUACGACAUUACUGAUCUAGGUAUCGACUUGGAGUAUCUCGAGGCUUUACCAGAAGAAUUACGAGAAGAAGUCUUGAUGCAACAGAUUGCAGAGCGACGUGCAGAACGUUCGGCAGCACAAAAUACAAGUUCCACGGACAACGCACCCGAUGCGGCCGACGAUAAUGGCAUCAAUGAGGAGUUUUUAGCCGCUUUGCCGCCGGAGAUCCGUCAAGAGCUGCUUCAGAAUGAAGCUCAAAAUCGUAGACGUCGCGAGCGCGAAGAAGCUCGACGCCGAGCGCAAGCUGCCAAUAAUGAGCCCGCCCAGCCUGACGAUAUUGACACUGCGAGCUUCCUAGCUUCGCUCGAUCCUGCACUGAGACAAGCAGUUCUCAUGGAUCAAGACGAAGAAGUAUUGCGCCAGCUACCACCUGAGAUAUCUGCAGAAGCUCGAGCUUUGGGAGGAGAUCGACGUCUUAAUCAGUUCGACUAUCUGCCUUCUGGUUACACUCACCGCAGUAGAGGCCGCGCCCCACAGGAUGACCCCACUCAGAAGAAGAAGGCUCGUCCUUGCGUACAGAUGCUCGAUAAGGCCGGAGUGGCGACCUUGCUACGUCUAAUGUUCAUUCCUCAGCAAGGCAGCGCCAAAGGUAGUCUUACGCAGAUUCUCCGAUAUGUUUGCGAGAACCGACAAAAUCGAGCCGAGGUUAUCAGCAUUCUUCUCUCCAUUCUACAGGAUGGCAGCGCAGAUGUCAAUGCUGUGGAACGUAGCUUCGCCCAAUUAUCGCUCCGAGCGAAGCAAGUACAACCAACUUCCGACAAGACUCCUAAGAUGUCGCGUAAGAAUGGAGCACUUUCCAUCAAUGCCGAUGUUUCACCUCUCAUGGUCGUUCAGCAGUGUCUUAAUACGCUCACUCAGUUGACCGAGAAGAACCCCGCAGUAUGGUCCUUUUUCCUUUCUGAGCACGAGACUGGCGUCGGUUUCAAAGGUCGGAACAAUCGCAAGGGCAAAGCGAAAGAGACAAAGGCAACCAAAUUCCCUAUCAAUGCUCUGCUGAGCCUUUUGGAUCGCAAGUUGAUCAUCGAGAGCUCAUCCAUUAUGGAGCAGCUCACUAUGCUUCUGAAGGUCAUCACUGCCCCUUUGCCAGUGAUUAAGAAGAACGAGGAAAAGGCGGAAGCGGAAGCUAAAAAGCAGGAGAGCAAGGAUGCGGAAGAAGCAGCAUCUGGCGAGGCAGCUUCAACUGAGCAGUCGGCGCCAAGUGGCGACACAGAAAUGGCGAACGCACCUUCGGCUGAAGCUCCUCAAUCUGCGCCUGUUGAAAAUGCCGCGGCUGUCGUGGGCGAGGGGAGCGCCAGCAAGCCAGACGCUCCUAAGUCCGAAGAAGAGAAGAAGAAGCACCGCACCACUACACCUCCGGAUAUCCCAGAGUCCAAUCUUCGACUCGUCGCCAAGAUUCUUGCCGCUCGUGAAUGCAAUAGUAAGGUAUUCCAAGGAACAUUGGACGUUAUCGGCAACCUAUCCCCCAUCCCAGGUUCAAAGGAGAUCUUCGGGAAAGAGUUACUUGGGAUUGCUCAAGAUCUAGCCCGAUCAACUCUGAAAGAUCUGGCUGAACUCACGACACAAGUGUCCAACGCUGCCUCGGUCACAGAUGUCCAAGGCAUUGCACUUGCCAAGUUCUCGCCUCCUAGUUCCGACCAAGCGAAGCUGUUGAGGGCGCUCACCGCGCUGGACUAUCUAUUCGAUCCCAACCGUGACAAGAAGGAGCAGGACAGCUCCACCACCACUGAAGGACUGGGAGCAGCACAAAAGGAUGACAUUCUUCUCACGUUGUAUGAAGACUCGGCGUUCGCCCCACUGUGGAACAAGCUCGGCGAGUGUUUGACAGUCAUUCGCCAGCGAGGCAAUAUGCUCAAUAUUGCAACCACUUUGCUUCCUCUUAUCGAAACUUUGAUGGUUGUGUGCAAGAAUACCACACUCAAAGAUACGCCACUAUCUAAGAUGCUCCCGAAGGAAUUCGCACUUUCCAGCCCGCCGCCUGAGAGCAAGAUGGAGAACCUCUUCUUCAACUUCACUGAAGAGCAUCGCAAGAUCCUCAACGACCUUGUCCGCCAGAACCCCAAGCUUAUGAGCGGCACCUUCUCGUUGCUGGUGAAGAAUUCCAAGGUUCUCGAAUUCGAUAACAAACGCAAUUACUUCAAUCGCAAGAUUCAUGCGCGCAAUGUGGAGCGACAAACACACCAGCCUCUGCAGCUUGCAGUCCGCCGUGACCAAGUCUUCCUGGAUUCGUUCAAGUCGUUGUACUUCAAGACUGCCGAUGAAAUGAAGUAUGGCAAGCUUAGCAUUCGCUUCCAUGGUGAGGAAGGUGUUGAUGCCGGAGGUGUUACGCGAGAAUGGUUCCAGGUCAUUGCACGGCAAAUGUUCAACCCUGACUAUGCUCUCUUCAUCCCAGUAGCUUCGGAUCGCACUACCUUCCAUCCUAAUCGUCUCAGUGGCGUCAACCCCGAGCAUCUAAUGUUCUUCAAGUUCAUUGGGCGUAUUAUUGGCAAGGCGCUCUACGAAGGUCGUGUUCUUGACUGCCAUUUCAGUCGCGCGGUUUACAAGCGCAUUCUCAGCCGGCCGGUCAACCUCAAAGACAUGGAGACCUUGGAUCUCGAAUACUACAAAUCACUUCUCUGGAUGCUUGAAAAUGACAUUACCGACAUCAUUACAGAGACUUUCUCGAGCGAUGUGGAAGUCUUUGGAGAAACAGAAGUCGUCGACCUAAUCGAGAACGGCCGCAACAUUCCCGUCACAGAAGACAAUAAGCACGAGUAUGUUCGCCUAGUGACUGAGCACCGCCUCACUGGCGCAGUACAAGAGCAACUCGAACACUUCCUCAAAGGGUUCCAUGAUAUCAUCCCAGCGGAAUUGAUCUCAAUCUUCAGCGAACAGGAGCUGGAGCUCCUUAUCUCUGGUCUGCCGGAUAUCAACAUCGAAGACUGGAAGGCGAACACUGAAUAUCACAAUUACACGCAGAACUCGCCUCAAAUCCAUUGGUUCUGGCGUGCAGUUCGCAGUUUCGAUAAAGAAGAACAGGCCAAGUUGCUACAGUUCGUGACUGGCACGAGCAAGGUGCCCCUGAACGGUUUCAAAGAGCUGGAAGGCAUGAAUGGCUUCAGUAAAUUCAACAUUCACCGGGAUUACGGUAGUAAGGAGCGUCUGCCUAGCAGUCAUACUUGCUUCAAUCAACUCGAUCUUCCAGAAUAUGAGGAUUACGAAGCACUCAAGAAAGCGCUGUACACCGCAAUGACGGCUGGAGGCGAGUAUUUUGGCUUUGCAUAG